UGUGUAAUUAAACAAUACAGUUAUGUUUGUUCCGGCUAGUUUUUGGUCUUUAAGCAAAUAUUUUACUUUUGAUUUCACUGGGUCACUUUGUUUAAUAGAUGGGUAGGUGUCAACUUUGCAUACAAUGUGUGACACCUCCCUAAAUCGUACCUGGACCUAAUAUUGGAAGAGGGGUUUUUUAAGUAUAAAUAUUAUUGUUCAUUCUCCAAGUGAAGAGUCGUUAAGUGGUUUUGGUGUUGACUUAGUGCCGCUGGAUUAAAAAGCCGAGCACAUCACCAGUCAUUUCCAUAAAAAGUGAUUUCGUUAUUAACAAGAUGAAAUUGUUUUUGAUUACGCUCGUAGCACUGGGAUCGGCAGCAUUCGGGGUGCCGCUCUCAAAUAAUGUGGAUAGCAAUGAAGUGAAUACAGACUCCGAUUUUGUGACCGGUCUUAACAAAUGCGCCUUCCAAUCUGAUGCUGAUGGCAUAGUGAGCUGUGCUACUGAAAGAAUAGUCAGAUCCUUGGAUCUACUGGCCGCUGAGUCAAAUGUAGAGAUUUUACCCGGAGUCUCACUGUUGAGUGAUGGAAGCGCCAUGAACUUCCGUUCAGGAAAGCAACUGAAGGAAGAACUACUAGAGGUGAAAUCUAACAAGAAAUCCAUGUUGGAUCUGGUGGCAAAUGCCACCUCUCGCUUUUUUGCCGGGCGCACCCUCAAAGUAAAACUGCCCAGCAGUGAGGAGAUCGGAAGGGCUUUGGAAGAAGGAAGAAAACGCACUAGAGGAGGCAACAAGAACAAAGGCGGCAUGAACAUGAGCAUGAUGGGCAUUGGAGCUGCCAUAGCGGGCCUGGUUCCACUUUUCCUGGGAAAAGUAGCCCUGAUAACCGCCAAGGCUUUAAUCGUUGGCAAAAUUGCUCUGGUGCUUUCAGCAAUUCUGCUAAUUCAGAUGUUCAGAUCAGGAAGCAGGAAUACUCAAGCAGUUGAAAGCAUAUGGAGCUCAGCCCCGCCGGCAUCUUACGGCGCACCCUCAAACGUUUAUGGACCUCCGGCCACUUCCUAUGGAGUGCCUUCAUCUCAAUAUCCCUAUUCACGGUCCUUUAAUGCAGAUAAUCAGGACGAACAAUUGAAAUACAGCCAACAGCUGGCUUACUCAGAGCAGAGGAAAUGAAUUGGCAUGCGCCUUUAGCCGAUUAAUUGUAUUUAUUUUAACUUAUUCAAUAAAGUGUAUUUAUUAUUUGUUGUUG